AUGGAAUUGAAAUACGGGUUUUCUCAGAUGCCCGACUCUCGGGCAACUACACUCUUUUACUAUUCUAUUGUGAAAUGUGUCUACGGCGACCGUAAGCCCGAUCACACAUUAGCGACCAUGGCGAUCAAAAAAUUCAAACGAAGCGGCAACCUUGCUGCCAUGAAAAGGGUAUUUGAGGAGGACAUCGAGGCACAUACCGCUCAAAGUGCGCAGGCCACGCUCAUACUCGCGUGCUCGACGGGGAUGUGGGAGCGGGCACUCUCGCUGAUGAGAGCGCACCCAUAUCUAGCUCGUAAUAUCAGCAACCAACACAUUCUCAUCAAUGUCCUUUGCAGUUCUGGGCGGCUAAGCGAGGCGCUCGAGGAACUCCGCAGGUUUCACCCGGUGAUGGAGGUACCACCGGUCCUGAUCCGACCUAUCAUCGGGAAGCUUUCCGCGGAUGGAAAUCAUCGGCAGGCAUUGAGGCUUACCGCUCUUGCCCUCGCCGGGGGGUAUCCGCUAGACCGGUCACUAUUUUCCUCCCUCCUUCAGUCAUUACGGGAGACCGGUCAGUGGGAAGCGGCACUGGAGACCGCACAGUCCCUCGACUUGUUUUCGUCUACAAGGUUGCAAGCACAGAGAAAGUUCGAGUUAUUUGGAAAACUAGUCGACUGCAUGUAUGAUGCAGAUCCUUAUGGGGACUAUACCGUCGAAGAGGUGGUGCGCGAAAUGCUUUCGCGGAUGAGUCCGAAGGAUUUCGCGCUCCGAACUUUGGUCAAGCAGCAACAGUUUCGUCUGAAGACGCAGUCGGAGAUUGGAAGACAAUUUAGCACCUUUCUGCCGCAGUUGAACGACAUUUUUGCCAAGGUUUUGUCAAUUCCGAGGUGGUACCAGCGUAAUUUAACCGUUCUCGUGGAUGAGGCAGAAUCCAGCAAUAGCGUCAUCCUGGUGUUGGACACAAAUUUUGUGCUUCAAUCAGUCACCAAAAAUUUGCCUCUGGAGCACUUUUACCAUAAUAUAAGAAAGCAGUACCCUCACCUGGAAAGCGAGCAGCGCAAACUGGCGAUUGGCGUUGUCCCGUUCAAGGUCGUGCAGGAGGCGUAUCGCGUGAUUUGGAGUCCGAGAACCCAUCUGUGUCAUUUUAUAAAGUUGUUGUUAUGGUCUAGAGUAACUUCACUGUUGCGGCAGAACAACAUACACGUGCUUCCACUUCCGUUAGAGUUCCAGACAUCCUCUAUGUCGAUCAUAACAAGAAUGGCGUAUCACAAGGCUUUUGGGGACGAGUCCGAUACGAGCAGCCGUUAUGACCCUGAUCGACGCAUUCUAAAUGUUUGCCUCUACCUACAGUAUUUGUUUCGCAGCAAAAAGGCCUGCAGGCUGUGCGGUUCAUCUAUCCCGGAAGGGACGCUUUUGUUCUCGUUUCUGAAGUAUCAUGUCCGUCGUUUCGAUAACACGGUGAAGGGUAGCGCGACAGACGCGCUUAUAUUAUGCACGAUGGAUAAAAAAUUUUCCCGCGCAGCAUGUGAGGCCGGCUUAGACACCUUCCCUACAUUAGUGCGAAACGAGUAA